UUAUAGAAUGAUUUGGAGGAAGAACAAUUAGUGUUCCCUGAGGCUGAAUGGCAUUAGCGGCAUCCCUUAGGUGCUCUUCUUGUAUUUGCUUCGAUGCCCCCCUCGCCGAUUCCAACUCGGACAGAUACAAGAGCUCCUCCAUCAAUUUUCCUCUUCGCCUCCGUAUCCACGAAUCCAGCAAAAAGCCGUUGCUUGUUAGCAUUUCUACCUCAACAAUUGUGUUUGUGGGGCUGAGUCUUUGCAUUUGCUCCUCCGCUUCCGCUCUUACGCCAUUGCCCCGCCGCCUUGAAAAAGAGAGCCAAACAGCGGAUAGCAGGUCAGCAGCUGUAGAAGAAGAAGAUGAGAAAUCGGACGCAGCUUUUGAGGUUUGGAAAUCCAAAUCUUUUGCUCUCACCGUUUCUCUAUCCAUGGUUGCUCUUCAGGGCUCCAUGCCUCCCUCCUGGUCCAAGGAUUUCAUCUCCUCUCAAUCCAGGCGCUUAAAGUUCCAGGCCAAAUUCCGCCCAUCUCUUGAAGAUAUUUUUGCUCAGUUAUGCCUGCCCUUUACUCCAGCCAAAGGCAAAGUGAAUAUUGGGCCUGCAUCUACGGCUGCUGCUGAUAUUGUCACCCUGGGUGACUCUUGGCUCUCUUUCGCUAUCAGAAAAGCUGUUAUCGAACCCAUUACUGCUGCUGAACACCUGGAUUGGUUUAAGGAUUUAAGUCACAAAUGGAAGGUUUAUCUACGCAGGAACCUCAAUGGAGAUAUUGAUCCACAGGGUCAGGUAUGGGCUGCACCCUAUCGAUGGGGUACCAUGGUCAUAGCAUACAAGAAAACCAAAUUUCAAAAGCAAAAGUUGCCUCCUAUACAGGAUUGGGCAGAUUUGUGGAGGCCCGAACUUGCUGGAAGAAUUUCAAUGGUGAAUUCCCCUAGAGAGGUCGUUGGUGCAGUUUUGAAGUACAUGGGUGCAUCAUACAACACAAUGGACAUUGACUUGCAAGUUCCUGGAGGGAGGAACGCUGUUCUUCAGAAUCUAGAAUUACUUGCAAAACAGGUAAAUUUUUUUGACAGUGCGAACUAUCUCAGAGCAUUUUCUGUGGGAGAUGUUUGGGUGGCUGUUGGGUGGAGUAGUGAUGUUCUUCCAGUUGCAAAGCGUAUGUCAAACGUAGCCGUCAUUGUUCCCAAGUCUGGAGCUAGCUUAUGGGCUGAUCUAUGGGUAAUUCCAGCUGCCUCGGGACUUAAAACAGACCGUAUUGGGGGCCGCGUGAGAGGUCCAUCUCCACUAAUCCAUCAAUGGGUGGAGUUCUGUUUACAGACAGCAAAUAGUCUACCUUUCAGGCAAGGGGUAACAGCCGGUGCGUCCCCCUCGGCCCUAGUGAGUGGACCUCUGAAAUUGCCUGAAGAGCUGACCAAGGGUAAGCCAAAACUAGACACAAACAUAGUUGCUGGAGCGCCACCACUUGAAAUAUUGGAAAGGUGUGAGUUCCUGGAGCCAUUAUCUGAUGCCACGUUAUUGGAUUAUGAAUGGCUCAUUAAAAACAUGCCCAAAUGUGGCCCAAAUUUUAUAGAGUAUGUCUCUUCAUUAGUUGGAACUUUGAGGAAGCCAAAAUUGACAUAAGAUUCACUGCGUGGCCAUGUAGUUAUUGUCACUUAAACCAAUACAUACGGUGCAGAUCGACCAUUAAUUUG